GCAGCAGCAGCAGGCUGGGGAUGAAGUGAUUCACAGCCUGGAGAAGGGGGAGGGAGGGCAGAGGAGUUUGACACUUCUGCAUCAUUUCCUUUCACAUCAGGUUUACUGUUGUUGCUGCCUUGAUCUGAUUUGUGUCGUCUGUCUGCCUUCUCACUUACCUUCUGGUGGCACGUUGAUACUGUGAUGGAUCUGAGGGCUCUUGUGAUCAUCUCUGCGCUCUUACUUGUGACUAAUGGAAAUACCCAAACUCCAGACCAUACCCAAACUGAAAACUACACUGUCAGCUCCAUUUCCCUGACUAGCAGUCCUGUGACAACUGCCACCACCUCUAAAACUACAAACGUUGUGAAUAAAGCGCCCAAUGCAGUCACUUCUUCAGCCAAAUGUAAAGCUGAGAAGGACGCGGCACAGCUGAAGACCUACAAAGUGAUGACAGCGUUGCUCUUCUGCAUAUUGCUCAUCCUUUUCCUGAUGCGCUUCACCAGGCCUACUGUAAAAGCCCUGCAGAAGAGAUUUUCAGACAGGAGGCAGAAUCGUUGGAUAGGACCAACACAGAGUCACAGCGUGUCUUAUCAUCGAGGGAAAACGGCAGUUAAAAAUAAUGAUGGAGAUAAGAGACACUCCUACCCUGCUCUGGAUCGUUUGGUAAUCUCUGACAGCAGAGAGCCUUCAUCCAAUAGGAACAGUGACUACAACCUCUGACUUGCAUCUUCCUCCAUCAUCUUCCUCCGUCAUCUUCCUCCAUCAUCUUCCUCCGUCAUAAUCACUGUCAUCAUUGUCUUAUGUGAGCUGGAAAUGUAGUAUAUUUUCAUUUGUAACUAUAUUUCACCUAUUUUGUGAGUCUAUCAAGAAGUCACAAAUUUAGGUUCAAAGUUAUGUAAAAGUGAGUUUCAUUGUGGCCUCACAACUGUGAGAGAUCCACAGUGAGAGAUCCACUGUGAGAGAUCCACUGUGAGAGAUCCACUGUGAGAGAUCCACAGUGAGAGAUCCACAGUGAGAGAACAAAAACGUUGCACAGGGUCUCAUCCCUGCUGGGCAGCUACAACACCAACACAAACUGUAGACCACAUACACACACACACACAUACAC